AAUAGGAAAAGAGUGUGUGUCCACCGAUACCGAGAAGUGCAAAGCUUGUGAGCACUAAGAGAGAAAAGAGAAGAGUGGCAUUUGUGCAAAUCUUGUUGCUUCUUUCUUGUGCAACCAAGCUACGGUCUCUCUUGUGUUGGCGUGACACCGAGCAUAUAGUCGUCGUUAGGACCAUCUUUGUCACUUGCUCACUUCCUUGGUCGCGCUAACCCCAUUGUUCUCCUUUGUGUGUGUUUCCGUGUUUCCUUGACAUAGAUCACCACUUUUGACAUUUGACUUUGGAUCUUACCCACAUUUGACAAUAGACUUUUCCGUUGAUCUUUUUCGUUUGCUAUCCACCCCUUACCCACCACAUAUAGUGUUUCUUAGCCUUUUGCGUGUGCUUUGAGUGUGUGUGUGAGUAACCCCGAUACAUUUUGGCUUUGCGCUUGACUUGAACCAUUUUUCCGAUACUUUCUUGAAAGGUGGGAUACUUGUGUAGUUUUCCUUCCACCAUACAUAUAGACCUAUCCUAGUGAGAUAUACAUGAUGACCCCACAAGAGCAAGCCGAGAUGAGAGCAUACUUCGCCGAGCUAGAAGCUCGAGAAGCCCAAAUGACACCCAAAGAAAAAGCCGAGUGCAACACAUACUUCAAACACCUUGAGAGCAAGAGUGAUACACCCCAUGAGUCGAGUGAGGAUGUUUCGAUUUCUAACAACUUAACCUCUACUCCUCUUGUGUUGUCUUCCUCUUUGCUAGGUUGCUCGGACAUCGACGACGCCAUUGCCAUGGAGAUGAGGGACUCCACUAUAUGUGAGAUGAGUGCAUCCACUAUAUGUGAGAUUGAGAGCCACCACUUCGAGAGCAUGAGUGAUACACCGUGUGAGAUGAGAGUGGUAGUUGAUAGGUCAUGUGAGGCCAUUUCAAGUUCUAACAACUUACCCUCUACCUCUAGUGUGUUCUCUUGUGUCUCAUUAGGUACCAUGGAUGACGAGACGCCGAUCAUGGAGAAGAUGUACAUGGUGCAUGAAGAUGAUGAUAUCACACUAUGCUUGUUGCUUGAAGAUGAACAUGGAGGCCACAUCGAGCCUACCACUUCCACAACACCUACCUCAUAUGAGCGGGACUACAAAGGUACCCAAAAUCCAAUGUCAACCUCGAUUGAGCACGAGUUGACAAAAAGAGCUCUUGAGAGCAUGAUACAAGUGAGCUCCAAUGAGUGGUUUCGCCCACACACUUCGACUACACAAGAUCUCUCAAUGAGAGCACAACGACACUUCGAUAAGGUGACCUCCUUCAACUUGCGCUCUCUUGCUAUACCCAUGGAACUUCGGCUACUCUUUGAGUGUUGCGUUGCUUGUCUUGUGCUAUUGAUAGGGUUCAUGAUAAGUGAUGCCACAUUCAAGAGUUGUUAUCAUCUCCCACCUCUACCCGUUCAUGAUGAGUUAUCGUCGAGGGCGACUCUUUUUCAAGUGGGGGGAGAUGAUGUAGCCCGACCUUCGGUCUUCGCCACAUCAUAUGCAUCGACGCCGACAUGUCACGCAAAGGUGAAUCUUCUCCUUUAUGCGUGCGUACAAUUACCUAUGUGGAAUGGUAUGCUACUUCAUCCUCCGUCAUAUGACCAUGACAGGAAUACAUCGCCAAGUACGGAGGAAGUGGAGGAUGCCAUGGAUGCUCGAGGACUCAAGGCCGAGGUCGUGGAAGCAUGGAAGAAGCUCCAGGCGCAGCUACAUCGGAGUCGCCGGCCUCGCCAACUCACAACGGAGUCUCCGGCCUAUGAAGAUCAAGACCGGAGUCUCCGGCCUACAUACAAGAGAGUCUCCGGACUAUGUGAAGCGCUAUCCACAAGUCAAUUAGGGCCUAGGCCCAUGUACCCCCUUCUAUGCCUAAACUACCCCUCCUUAGUGGCUCCCUAUAUAUAGGCUCCCACCUCCCCCUUCAUUAGGUUAGAGUUGAUGAACUAGAACUAGGCUCAUGCCUCCACCAUCCCUUUGGGAUUAGGGAAACCCCCUCCUUAGAUUACCAUAAUCUAUUGUACAAGGCACUCCUUAUAUGAUUAGUCUCUCACACUUGUGAUUCUA